UUAUGUUUAGGUAAAUGGAGCCCUAAAUUUGGCACAUUAUGUUUAGGUAAAUGGAGCCCUAAAUUUGGCACAUUAUGGCUAGGUAAAUGGAGCUCUAAAUUUGGCACAUUAUGGCUAGGUAAAUGGAGCUCUAAAUUUGGCACAUUAUAUCUAGGUAAAUGGAGCCCUAAAUUUGGCACAUUAUGGCUAGGUAAAUGGAGCUCUAAAUUUGGCACAUUAUAUCUAGGUAAAUGGAGUCCUAAAUUUGGCAUAACCCAUUAUGUUUAGGUAAAUGGAGCCCUAAAUUUGGCACAUUAUGUUUAGGUAAAUGGAGCCCUAAAUUUGGCACAUUAUGGCUAGGUAAAUGGAGCCCUAAAUUUGGCACAUUAUGGCUAGGUAAAUGGAGCCCUAAAUUUGGCACAUUAUAUCUAGGUAAAUGGAGCCCUAAAUU